UCCGUUUGACACUGCCCUCUGUAUCUUGUAUGAUAUGAAACGAAGAGAAGUUACAAAAGAAUGACAGAAAGUAUUUAAAUCAAUUCUUUCCUCGUAGAUAAUGCAACGAAUUUGAUAAACAUUAAAUUAAAUCUAAAAAAUUCAGUAGCUUCUUUCAGUGUUCUUGAUUAAAAUGCAUCGUUCGUAUGAAAAGUGAGUUAUAUAACCUUUCCAAAAUUCAAGCAUAAGACUUCUCGUAUUCGAUUUUUAUUGUUCGCUAAAGUAUUUUCAUAAGUUAUUGGAACUAAACAUCUCAUUUUCUGUCAUAAAUACUUUGAUAUUGACAUAAUCAAUAAUUCAUUUAUAAUGUUCCGAUUUUUAACGUCUUUACGUCCACAAGUUUACAAAGCGGCCACUAUUCUAUCUUCUACAGAAACUAAGAAUCAAAUACUCGUAAAAAAUGCACGCAGUAUUUGCGCCAGUUCCCAACUAUUUUGCUGUCGACCUCUGGUUCAAAAACCUGCUCCUGAUUUCUCCGGAACAGCCGUGGUUAACGGUGAUUUCAAGGAAAUAAAACUAAGCGAUUAUAAGGGCAAAUACGUUGUCCUUUUCUUUUAUCCCUUAGAUUUCACAUUUGUAUGUCCUACUGAGUUAAUAGCAUUCAGUGAAAGGAUCUCGGAGUUCAAAGCUUUGAAUGCACAAGUGAUCGGAGUAUCUACAGAUUCUCACUUCAGCCAUCUAGCUUGGAUGAACACUCCAAGGAAGCAGGGUGGUCUGGGUGGUGAUUUAGGCUAUCCCCUUCUUAGUGAUUUUAAAAAAGAAAUAUCAUCUAAAUACAAUGUCCUACUCGAAGACUCUGGUAUAGCCUUACGUGGAUUGUUCAUCAUAGACAAAGAAGGAAUAUUGAGACAACUUAGUAUAAAUGAUUUGCCAGUUGGUAGAAGUGUUGACGAAACACUGAGGCUCAUCAAGGCUUUCCAAUUUGUGGAGAAACACGGGGAAGUGUGUCCUGCUAAUUGGCAACCGGAUUCAAAGACUAUUAAACCGAAUCCAAAGGAUAGCAAACAGUACUUUGAAUCUGUGAAUAAAGCAUAAAAUGUAACAUAUUGCAUUAAAAUAUAAUGUACCCUAAUGUAAAGUAAUAUAUUUAUAUAUAUAUAUAUAUAUAUAUAUACACAUAUUAUAUAUAAACCACUGAAAUAAUCAAACAGCAUUUUAUUUACCAUCAAUGGUCAGAUUAAAAAUAUUCAUGCAUUUCCCAUAAAGUACACUAAAGUAAAGAUCUCGAAAUAGCUUGAAAACCCGACGUUCAAUAAUGCCUUUUUAAUUAUUGUAUUC